AUGUUUCUUGAAUUUCUAUUCACCUCGCUGAUUGUGAUUUUCGCUUCGCUCUAUCUCGUCUACUGGAAAUUAAUUCGACCAGGAAAACGUAUCUAUGAUAUUUUACGAGCGCAAGGAAUUCCCGGUGAACCUUUCAUCCCAUUACUUGGUCAGGUACCUCAACUAUAUAAAUACAACAAGCAACAUCGCAUCAUGUACUUUCACGAGGAACUUUGUAAAAAGCAUGGACUGGUCUUUAUGUUUGGUCUCGGCACACACCCUCGCCUUGUUAUCCAAGAUGCUGAUUUGAUUGGCGACAUACUUGGACGAACGCGUGCACAGUAUUAUCAGAAACCAGCGGAUUUGAGUCGUCGGUUGAAGCCAUUGAUCGGCCCGAGAAAUCUUUUGAUUAGUAAUGGUAAUGAACAUAGUCGAGCAAGGAAAAUGCUUAAUCCAGGUUUUCACUUCGAAAAUCUGCGUUCGAUGGUGUCGAUUAUGACGGAUCGAACAUCAAGAACCAUCGAUCGACUUGUUGCAUCAUCUGGUAAAGUAAUCAAUCUCGAAAAGGAACUCAGUUUACUUUCGUUAACAAUCAUUGCCUCAAGUGCAUUCGGUGAAAACUUCGAAAUGAUCGUUAACGCCAGGGAAAUUGUCUCUGACGCUUUCAUCGCAGCACUAGAUGCCAUUGUCAAUCGAUCGUUGUUACUUAUCGAUCAAAUACCUUUCCUCUCUUGGCUGCCAUUUUGGGGAAAAGAUAUUAUUGACCGUGGAUGUGAAAAGGCGCUGAAUUUCGUCGAACAGAUUAUUAAUGACCGUAAACAAGGUCGAACGACGAAUCUCUGUCAAAAUGCUGAUAUCCUCGAUUUACUCCUACAAGCUGUUGAUAACGAAGGUGAACAUUUUACCGAUGAAGAAAUCAAACAGGAAGCCAUGGCGUUCGUUCUCGCUGGCCAUCAAUCGACCGGAGAUCUCAUGGUUUGGAUUAUGUAUAUUAUGAUGACCAAUCCACGUGUUCUUCAUGCUUGUCAAAGCGAAAUCGAUCGAGUUUUACCAGAUAAAGUGACGCCAACGUACGAAACAUUGAAUGAAUUACAUGUUUGUGAAUCUAUUAUCUAUGAAACCUUACGUUUGUAUCCGCCUAUUCCGUUCUUUGUUCGUCAAUGCGUUCACGAACAUACGAUUAACAGUAAAAAUCAGCAACUUUACAUUCCCAAAGAUGCAACUAUUCUAAUCAAUAGUUAUUUAAUACAUCGGGAAGAAAAAUAUUGGACACGGCCACUUGAAUUUGAUUAUACGCGAUGGAUGCGUGAUCCAGUAACAGGUCUGAAACCGAAAUUAGCCCAUCCGUAUUGUUAUUUACCAUUCGCUUCGGGAUCACGAAGUUGCAUUGGGCAAAAUUUCGCGAUCAUUGAAGCGAAAGUGAUUCUGGCCAUGUUUAUUCAACAGUUUGAUUUCGAACUCGAACCAAAAAAUCAACAAAUCGCAAUGGAUGUUCGAAUCAUAAUGCGACCGAAAUUCGGACUAUUUAGUAAAAUUACCAACCGACGGUGA